GAAGUUUUAUAACAGCAGAGUCAAGCGUACAGGCUCAGCGAGACAGGCUGAUGUUAAUUUUCCAUGUAAGACUUUAACCUCUAGUUUCAAAACAACCGGCAACAUGGUGAAUCUCGGUCUCACCAGAGUGGACGACGCGCUGGUAGCAAAACACCCGGGUUUAGAGAGUUACGCUGCCUGUCAGUCCCAUGCCUUCAUGAAGGGGACUGGGAGCUUUGUACUCGGUGCUGCUGGCUUAUUUGCCAUUCAGAUGGCUAUACAGAGGAAGCGUCCUUAUCCUCUUCAAUGGAGCCUGCUCAUUUCAGUAGUGGCCUCAUCAGUGGGCAGUUAUGCAGUGACCCGCUGGGAAACACAGAAAUGCUCAGACCUCUGGCUACUACUAGAAACAGGAAAAGUCCCGGACAGAUCGCAGCCGCAGGUGCCUAAACCAGAGGAAUCAAAGGGACUUGAGAAGACAAAAUAUGGCGAUGUAAUGGAUUGAACAUGAUUAUAAAUGAACAUUUUUAUCUAAUGUAUAUAACAACACCUUUUCAGAAAAUACACUAUGCCGGAGAUGUUCAGAUAAGUUUAUUAACCAUCGAGAGAGUGCUGGAUUUAAUUGCAACCAGUAUUUUUUCACUUUUAUUUAUUGAAUACACACCAAGAAUGAAGUGUCA